AUGUCAGCCGGGACAGUGGUCAUCGCAGGAGGCAUUCUGGCUACAGUCAUCUUACUGACCAUCGUCGCAGUACUGUGUUUAUGUAGGUUGCAGUAUUACUGCUGUAAGAGGGAGGAGUCUGAGAAGGGGGAGGAGGAGGAACCGGAGCUGUCCAGCAUGUCUCCGACUCUGCCCCUGGCUCUGUCCGCUCCCCCUACGCCUCCAACGCCACAACACUACUGCGACGAACCGGACAACUACCCGCCUACCUUCCUCACCGAGGCCAACGGGCCUGCCAGCUACUGCUCCACGCCGCCGCCGCCGCCUCCGCCGCGCAGGUGCCACCGCGCACACGCCUUCUGCCCGUCCUGCGCCCGCUGCUCGCUGCCCUUCUACCUGCAGCACCCGGAGAGGCUGUGCAACGGCGGCCGCAGGAUCAGCUACAGGACUGUGCAGCAGCAGGACCUGGAGCUGCCCAUGGACCUGGCCAGCUUCUACCAGAAGCUCAACCUCAUCCGCUCCGUCACCAUGAAGGAGGUGGUCACCCAAAGCAUCAGCACCGACGUGUAG